UUUUCUCUCUUUCUCUCUCUCUCUCUCUCUCUCUCUCCAUAGAAAAGUAUAGGAAAAAAGCUCUCUUUUCUGCCUCCAAAGCUGGCUAUAGAUGAUCAACAACCCACCAUAAGAGAUAUCAAACCCAAAACCAGAAGAAUCAUGGGAGGAGGAGGAGGAGGAGGUUUGGAUGAUGGUGGUGAAGAAAACAAGUGGCCGCCAUGGCUACGCCCGCUUCUCCAAACAAGCUUCUUUGUUCACUGCAAGGCUCACGCUGAUUCCCACAAGAGUGAAUGCAAUAUGUACUGCUUGGACUGCAUGAAUGGAGCCCUUUGCUCUCUUUGCCUUGCUUCUCAUAGAGACCACCGCGCUAUUCAGAUAAGGAGGUCAUCAUAUCAUGAUGUAAUAAGGGUGUCGGAGAUUCAGAAAUAUUUGGACAUUACAGGGGUCCAGACAUACAUAAUAAACAGUGCAAAGAUUGUCUUCUUGAACGAGAGGCCUCAGCCUAGGCCUGGAAAAGGUGUCACCAAUACCUGCCAAGUCUGUGACCGAAGCCUCCUUGAUUCCUUCACUUUCUGCUCCCUCGGUUGCAAGGUUGUUGGGACAUCAAAGAAUUCCCGGAAAAGGAAAAUGUGCAUAGAGACCGAUCAUGGCUCAGACACUGAAGGAUCAUUGAAUGGCAUUAGCAAUGGAUAUGCGAAAAGCAGAGUUCAAAGCUUUACACCGUCGACGCCGCCCCCGACCGCGGUGAAUUACAGAACUGCCAAGAGAAGAAAGGGAGUUCCCCAUAGAUCUCCAAUGGGAGGCCUCAUUAUAGAAUACUAAGAAUAUUAGUUUUUUUUUUUAGUAAUACUAAAUAUUUUACUCGUACAAUUGUUCAAUAAUGUUGACAAGGUAUUCUAAAUAAACCAUUGAAUUAUUAAUUAAUUCAAUGGUUAAUUACGAGUACCACGUCGGCUUUAUCGAAUGAAUGUAUGAUAAAAUUAUGGUAUUUUAGCAUUUCUUAUAGUUUUUACUGAUUACCAAUAUUAUACCCCAAAACACCACAAUCUUAACAGUCUCUUCAAUGUCAGAAAGUUAUAUGACAUCUGAGCCUUGUUGAUGGAGGCCGGUGUUGCAGACAAAAGCUCUAUGUUGUAUAGUCAAAAUUACUGUUAAAAAUAAUGGAAAAAAAAUAAAUAAAUAAAUAAGGGAAAAUAUUGAGGUUGAGCUGGGGAUAUAGAUACUAAGGAAGAAUAGUUUGAUCUAUAGGUGCUUCAAUAUUUAAUGUAUAUACAAAAGUUUGUAUA